AUGUGCAAAGGUGAUAUCCAACGAACUGCAGGUGCAGAGCGCAAAGUGGCCAUCGUCGGUGGUGGCGUCUCUGGGUUGUCGGCAGCCUGGCACCUCCACACCAACGCACCCAAUGUAACCGUCAAUUUGUUCGAAGCCGAAGACCGUCUCGGAGGACACGCAUAUACAACUGAUGUGGAUGGCGUGGAUGUUGACAUUGGCUUCAUGGUCUUCAAUGAAUCCAAUUAUCCCAACAUGACUCGCUGGUUUGAGAAGAUUUCUGUUCCAGAAGAAAACACCGACAUGAGCCUCAGCGUCAGUUUGGAUGGUGGAGAAACCGUCGAAUGGAAUUCCGACAAUCUCAACGGGAUUUUUGCUCGAAGACAGCAAGCGCUCAACCCAGCUUUCUAUACAAUGAUUAAAGACAUGCUUCGAUUUAACAAGGAGGCAACUGAGUUGUUGCUUUUAACUGAAGAUGAUCCACGAAAAUUGGUUACAACUGGUCAAUAUCUUCGAAACAAUGGAUAUUCAGAGGCUUUUGGAAAGUAUUACCUUCUUCCCAUGAUGGCAGCACUAUGGUCCGCAAGUAUGGAAGACGUUUUGCAAUUCCCCGCUGUUCAAUUGAUCGGUUUUAUGUGCAACCACAAAAUGUUGCAAAUCUUGGAUCGCCCUCAGUGGAAAACAGUUGCCGAUCGCUCCAAGACUUACACCCUCAAGAUGCAGGAAAUUCUCGGAAAGAGCGCCCAAACUUCCACACCCAUUGUUUCCAUGACGAAAACCGAUGUCGGUGGAGAACCUUCUUAUGAGCUCUUCACUACUGAUUCAAAGUCGGUCGGUGUAUUUGAUGAGGUUGUCUUUGCCUGCCAUACACCCACCAGCAAGCAAAUUGUGGAAACAAUGAAUGGUGACAGUGGCCUCGUUGAUUUGUUGUCGAAAAUUGAAUACGCAGACAAUGUUGUCUAUGUCCACUCGGAUCCAAAGUUGAUGCCUGCCAGACGGCGUGCUUGGGCUUCUUGGAACUGUCUUGGAAAUUCUGAGCUCCUUUCUAGCUACAAACUUGACAGCUCGAAAAAGGACGAAGCUUUUGAAGGCGCCGAGUCUGGAUUCGGAAACAAGGCGACUAACGAAUCCGACGAGUUGGAGGGCGAAAAGGGUCGCAUGAAGGCUGUUUAUGUUACCUACUGGCUCAAUCGAUUGCAAAACCUAAAGACUGAUAAGGAGAUUUUUGUGUCCCUCAACCCACACCAAAAGCCUUCUGAGGAAACAACCCACAAACGUGUCAUUAUGGCCCAUCCACAAUUCACACCUACAACAAUGGCCGCCAGAAAGACACUUGAAGAAGAGUACCAAGGCAAAGAUGGUUUGUGGUUCUGUGGUGCAUGGGGGGGUUAUGGCUUCCAUGAAGAUGGUUGCAGAUCUGGAUUCCAGGCCGCAACUGGAAUUUCGGGAGUUCCUUUGCCUUGGGGCGACGAGAAAGAAAUGGUCAUGGCCCCUCCCGAUCUCGCUUUGGCCAAGGCAAAUGAAUCCAGUGUCACUGGGAUCAUCAGUAAGCUCUAUAAAAAGCUUACAUACGAUCUACCAGUUGCUGUGUGCAAGAAAUUUAUGCUUUACUUCCUUGAAAAGGCUGUUAAGCGUGGUAAAUUGAGAGUGAAAAUGAAUGAUGGCACAGUUCACAGUUUUGGCGAUGGUUCUCAAUGUGGAUCCGACAACAGUCCAGUGACGAUGCGAGUCUUCGAUGAGUGGACUUUUGUCAAGAUUGCUUGGGAAUACGAUCUGGGAUUGGCCCGAUCUUACAUGGCUGGUCACUUUGUUGUGGAGUCGCUCAAGGACCCUACCCAUUAUAACAAUGUCCUUCGCCCUCUCAAGGAACGAGAUGAGACGACCACGGCUAUUGGAGAUCCUGUUGGCCUAACACGUCUGCUACUGUUGAUGGUAGGAAACAGAGACGCUCCAGGAAAGCAUGUUCCAGGUACUUCCAAGAAGGGAUACUCCAUGGCCAACCCUUUAAACGCUGGUCUUUUGAUAUCCAAGAUUGGUAUGGUACUGAACUUUAUCCGAUAUCGGUUGACAAUGGAUAACUCUGAGCGCGGUGGUAGUUUGAAGAACAUUCAUGCCCAUUAUGACUUGUCCAAUGAUUUGUUCCGAACCUUCCUCGACCCCGAGACAUUGAUGUACUCUUCUGCAAUCUAUGAUGCUGUUAAGGCACCCGCUCCCGAACAGGGUCUUGUUUUCCGCGGUACACUGGAAGAAGCGCAAUGGAGAAAGCUUGAUACUCUUCUCGAUCGGGCUCAAGUCCAGCCUGGUCAGACAGUCUUGGAUAUCGGCUUUGGAUGGGGUGGUCUUUCUCUCCACGCAGCCAAGAAGUAUGGCUGCAAGGUCACUGGUAUCACUUUGUCAGUUGAGCAAAAGGCGCUUGCUGAGGACCGUGUUGCUAAGGAAGGUCUUGGUCAUUUGAUUAACUUUGAGGUCAUUGACUACCGUACUUUUGCCAGACGUCCUGACAACUUGGGCAAGUUCGAUCGCGUCCUCAGUUGUGAAAUGAUCGAAGCUGUCGGCCAUGAUCACUUGACCGAGUUCUACUGGGCAGUCGAGCAGGUUCUCAAGCCUGAUGGUGUUCUUGUCAUGGAGGCUAUUACAACUCCAGAGGAGAGAUAUGAACCAUACCUCCGCACAACUGACUUUAUCAACACCAUCAUCUUCCCUGGUUCUUGUUGUCCAUCUUUGCAUGCUUUGGUGGACGCUGCGUACAAGGGAUCGAACUUGAGCUUGGAGCACAUUGACAACAUUGGUCUCCAUUACGCCCAGACUCUUGCUGAUUGGCGUAGACGUUUUAAUGCCCAAGAAGCCUUUGUUCGCAAGCUUGGAUUUGACGAUGUGUUCUUCCGAGCUUGGAAUUACUACCUCUCAUACUGCGAAGCUGGUUUCUAUGCGAGAAAUGUCAGCUGUUUGAUUCUUGUAUUUGGUCGACAGGGAUGCAGCGCGUUGACUCCUCUGCACGAGACAAGAGCGUGCACUCAAAUGGCCCCACUCACGAAGAGUGAGGUGCAAAGCUGGAUCAGUGAGGCUUAA